AAUCUACUCACGCUCCUCUAAAUCUCCUCACCCCUGGCUUUGACGUCAUUACGUGCUCCCUCCGGUUGCCACGGCAACCCGUCUCCGCCCCCCUUUCCCAUCCCUAUGCUGGUAGGAUCCAUUAAUGGUACAAGCAGCAUCCUGCAGCACAAUGGUCGCAGGACGGUGAGCGCGCAGUGAUUCAGCAUCGCAACGCAGACAUCCACUCUCUGCUUUCAUUUUAUUAACGUUUAUUUCCGUUUGACAGUUUUUCGUCAUCAUCGUGAUCUUUAAAACCGUCGCGUGCUGGAAUGUUUUGAAUAGGACUAGACUGUCACCGGACCGGGAUCGUCGGGCAUCUGGCACGGAAUGGUAUUUAUGAACAGACAUUUCUUAUAUAACUGCAGUGCUCCCGUCCUGGAUGUGAAGAUUGCCUUUUGUCAGGUGUGUGUUCCAUACAGGUCAAUUAAAAGGGUUUUGGCAAACAAGUUGAUGUUUCUUACAUUGCCCAGCAUUACAACAUGAGCAAAAGCAAAGUGGACAACCAGUUCUACAGCGUGGAAGUAGGAGAUUCCACCUUCACGGUUCUCAAAAGAUACCAAAAUCUAAAGCCCAUUGGUUCUGGGGCUCAGGGAAUAGUGUGUGCUGGAUAUGACGCAGUCCUGGACAGAAAUGUGGCUAUUAAGAAACUCAGUAGACCCUUUCAGAACCAGACUCACGCCAAAAGAGCAUACAGGGAGCUGGUGCUUAUGAAAUGUGUCAAUCACAAAAACAUCAUCAGCUUAUUAAAUGUCUUCACACCACAGAAGUCUUUAGAGGAUUUUCAAGAUGUUUAUCUGGUUAUGGAGCUGAUGGACGCAAACCUUUGCCAGGUGAUUCAGAUGGAAUUGGAUCAUGAAAGAAUGUCCUACCUUCUCUAUCAGAUGUUGUGUGGAAUCAAACACCUGCACUCAGCCGGCAUCAUACACAGGGAUCUGAAACCUAGCAAUAUUGUGGUGAAGUCCGAUUGUACGCUGAAGAUCUUGGACUUUGGGCUGGCGAGGACCGCUGGCACUAGUUUUAUGAUGACCCCCUACGUAGUGACACGAUACUACAGGGCUCCAGAGGUCAUUUUGGGAAUGGGCUACAAAGAGAACGUGGAUAUUUGGUCGGUUGGUUGCAUCAUGGGAGAAAUGGUGCGCCACAAAAUCCUGUUCCCCGGCAGGGACUAUAUCGACCAAUGGAAUAAGGUUAUAGAGCAGCUCGGCACGCCCUCUCCCGAGUUCAUGAAGAAACUACAGCCAACUGUGCGUAACUACGUGGAAAACAGGCCAAAAUAUGCCGGUCUGACCUUCCCGAAACUCUUCCCAGAUUGCCUCUUCCCUGCUGACUCUGAGCACAACAAACUCAAAGCCAGUCAGGCCAGAGACUUGUUGUCUAAGAUGUUGAUCAUUGAUCCCGCCAAGCGGAUAUCUGUGGACGAGGCUCUGCAGCACCCCUACAUCAAUGUGUGGUAUGACCCGGCUGAAGUGGAGGCAGCCAGGAAUCAUCACAUAUCUAUGCCUCCUCCACAGAUCUAUGAUAAACAGCUAGAUGAGAGGGAACACUCGAUCGAUGAAUGGAAAGAGCUCAUCUAUAAAGAGGUGAUGAACUUCGAAGAGAGAACUAAGAAUGGUGUGGUGAAGGGACAGCCCUCUCCCUCAGGUGCAGCCGUGAAUAGCAGCGAGAGCCUCCCUCCCUCCUCGUCCGUCAACGAUAUCUCCUCCAUGUCCACCGACCAGACCUUGGCCUCCGACACCGACAGCAGCCUGGAGACCUCCGCAGGACCGCUGGGGUGCUGCAGGUGACUAACCGCCUGCCUGCGCAACCCCUUGUUCUUCAGAAGGUGAACGGGGCGCGCGAACCCCCACCGAUCUGCGAGCUCUCAAAACGUAAAAGAAAUGAAAAUGUGGUUUCAAAAAAAUCUAUAUAAACGUAAAAUGUGCAUCAUCGAAUUGCAAGAAUGCAUUUUCAUUCAAAGAAAACGACGUCUGAAUAUGUAUAUUGACGAAUCUUCACUAGUUGCUUUGAAUCCCCCUGGUAUGGCAUUUCAAAAAAAGUAAAAUAGGAGGUACAGUCAUCGGGCAUCUCUUUAAAGUGUACAUUUUGUCUGGCUGAUAUCUAACACUUUGCGAAUUUCUGUGCUUUGGUGGAUGCGGCAGGGUGGGCUUUUAUUUUAGUACCGACCACCUAUUUUCUUCCUUGAUGUGAUGCUUUUUCGCUCGUGCGUACAUUUCUGGGCGGCUUCGGACAGGCUGGUGUGUUCAAUGUAAAGUGUCGCCCCCUAUCUUUUGUAUAUAUGUAAUUGUGUACAGCAGCGAGGCAACGGGACUGUCGGCCAGUAGAGGGAGCACCUGCGCACCUUGCCACAUCACAGCUGCCACCUGUUCCCCUUUGCCUGUAGUCUUGCAUGGUCAGAGAAAAUACAAACGUAAUAAGCUAACAUAUACCAAUAUAGAGAAUCCUUGUUUAUAUAACUUUUAAAUGAAGCGGAUAAGGGAACGAGCGUGGGCCGGUUUUCUCGCUCAAUAGGAAGCCAUUGGGGGGGUACAAGCGUCCUCUCUCCCAGCUUUGUAUAUUAAGGAUCAUUUUCAACAGUCCUGGCUUCGUAUUUGUGAUACUCACCCUGUCCGCCUCAUGGGCGGGGCCUUGCAUGCUGUAACUUCACCACAGAAGGACGUUUCUGUGUGCCACAGAUUUGGGUUGAAGAGGGACGUUCCAUCGCCAACUCGUUGCAUAGACGAACGCAGGUUGAACGCAUGUGUCUCACCCCCUCUAACAAUAUGUUCCCCGUUUGCAUCCGCAUACACUAAUCUCAUUCCUCAAAUCUGUGUUGUCUGAACUUGCUUACUACCUAAACACGGAGCGUAUAGUUAAUCAUUUCAUAGUAGGAGUUUAUUUAUUAAACCUAUUUAUUGUUGGAGCUGAAUUUGGGAAGUGCCUUUGAUGUAAUGCAGUUUCCUCUCAUAAAACACGAAUAGGCCUACAGUUACUGUGCUGUAAGGGAAUCUGUGAAGGUGUUGCCCAGGUGGUGACUGUGUCACUGAUGGUGUCGGAUGUGCCAGGUCUGUUUACCCAAUCCCUCAAAAGAUCCCCGUUCGUGUCAAUUCUUUAGUGUAGAGAUUUGUUUGUUAAUUCAGUUUUCUGAUGGAAGUCAAUGUAUGUGUAGACUUAAGAACAAGACCCCAGAAACUACAGUGACCCCGAAAGUAUUUGGACACUUUAGCCAAAACGUAUAAAAGUCAAGUCUGCGUUAAAACUAAUUUUACUUAUCUUCCAACUGCGCCCAAAAUGAUUAUUCUUUUUUUUAUGAAAUGAUGUAACAACAGGUGUAGUUAAAUACAUUACCAUACCUAAAAAAUGCCACUGGGUUUGAUAUUUUGUUAUCUAAUGGAGUGACAUUCAUACUUUUUAAUGUGUGGUUUAAAUGUCCACAUUUUUGGGGACACUGUAUUUUCCAUCAAUGUAACCCAAGUAAUGUAGUUUCACCUUUCAAACGCACACAACUGAUGUUUUUAGUAAUAGGUAAAGAUAAGCUUCAUUGAAUAAACACAAUUAAGAACCAUUGAAAAUAUAAUAUUUAAGUUGUGCGCUUUGUUUUGUAUUUUGUCCAGUAUGAUCUGUGUACUAAAACAUUUAAAUAAACUGGUGAAAUUCACACGAUUUUUGUUUUUGUAACUUAAAUCAUUUGACCUUUUAUUGGCCUACACUCAUGUUUUUUUCUAUUUAUUGUUUCAGUUGUCAUUUAUAUUUUUAAUAACACAUCAGGCUAUUUUGCAUUAACGUUUACCUUAUUCCACUUUGGUACAUGCUUGUGUUUGUUUUGAUCAUUGAAACACCUAAAAAGAAACAUUGCUCAGUUUCAUUUUUAGUUGAAUGACAAGCAAGUCACACCUGUGAUAUCAUUCCUCGACCAUUAUUUGCGAAAUAUUUUACUGCAUAUUCUGACAACAGCUAAAUAAAAUCGUUCAGGUGCUCCUCUCUUAAGUGUAAAAAACCUUAAGCCAUUCAAUUCUUAGUAAACGGUUGUGCAAGAAUAGCACCACAAAACCCAAAUUCGAAUUGCCAAUUUUUUGCCGUUAGAAUCAGCAUCAAAUUUUCAUUUGUACAAGAAGCCGACACAUACGAUACAAAUACAUAUCAUCUUUGAAGGACAGAGGGGUUCUGGGAGGUCUCCGGUCUCUUCUUAUUUGGCUGCUGACGAUUUUACAACAGGGUGGACAUGUACACGUAAACACAGUAGCUUUUGUAUUUCGAUUGUUAGAAUUCAAUACUAAUUGUAAAUGGUUGCGUUGUGUAUCAAAUCUGUUGACUGCAUUUCAUUCUAGAAUAGACAGACAAAAAUGUGAUUUGUCAUCUUGCAUUUUAUACUGGUUGUUUUACAACGAUAGGACCCGUUUAUGGAUAGCCGUUGGGUCACACACAGGGUUGAUUUCUGAACUCAUGUCUAGAACUUCUAUUUGGAAAAUGGCACUAUUUAACCAGUCGUUAUGAAAUGUGAACAACUAAUAAAUUCCUGAAAGGUCUUGCGUAAAAUGUUGGAACAAGUUCGAAUUUCAGUCCAGGAGUACGGUAUCCCAUGGUGAUUCAAGUGAAAUGGUUGAAACUGCGGGGAUCAUUUGUCAGAAUGCAUUGAUUAAUGUGGAUGUCAACACUGAAUGUUCAACGUACUUUUCACACUGUUAUAAUCCUGCUUCGGUCGUCACGGCGACUUUAAUGAAACCAGCGUCCAUUAUACUUACAGCUGAAAAAUCAAACAGUGAUAUAAUGUGAUGUCACAAUAUGGUAAAAAGUACUGAAUUGUAGAGAUGAAUUAACCGAAGUGCUGUAUUGUAAAGUUUGACUUUGUCUUGUAACAGUGAAGGUGCAGUCCGUGAGCAGGAACCGUAGGAAUGAAGACGUGCUUUUAUGAUGUCAUAAUUGAACUGAUUGGUCGAGGUCGUAUAAGAAACAUCACACUUUUCACCACAGAAUCGUAUAACUUAUUCCCAGUAUUUUUCCUUUUCAUACAGAUUUGUCAUAAUUGUCAUAUGUAGAUCCCUCAUUAUCUAAUCUUAUAUUGUCGUCAAAUAAACGCAUGAUCACUCGACAAAACAAUCCAAUAGUUCAUCUGUCAUAUUUGAAAUGAAAUUCAUAUUAGUGCAUAUUUUAUUGAAAACGAACUGCACAAUAUAUACACCAUUGAUAAAAUCAUUUCA